AUGGGGAAAAAUCAGGUCAGUGGGCUUACGGUGAACGGAAGCUCGGUGGGAUGGAAUCAGACGCAUCACUGUAAACUCUUGGACGGGCUCGCACCAGAUCAGCAGCAACUCUGCAAACGGAACCUUGAGCUCAUGCACAGUAUCGUCCACGCGGCCAAACUCACCAAAACCGCGUGCAGGACAUCUUUCAGCGACAUGCGAUGGAACUGCUCCUCCAUAGAGAGCGCGCCUCACUUCUCCCCCGACUUGGCCAAAGGCACUCGGGAGUCUGCGUUCGUUUUCUCUCUGGCUGCGGCUGUACUGAGUCACUCCAUAGCGAAGGCCUGUGCUUCGGGAGAGCUCCCCAGCUGCUCGUGCGCCCCUGCCCCAGCAGAACAGGCCGCUCCGGACUUCCGCUGGGGCGGUUGCGGAGACAACCUCCGCUACGGCGUACAGAUGGGUUCUGCUUUCUCAGACGCGCCCAUGAAAAACCGCCGGUCUGGAUCACAAGCUUUCCGACUCAUGCAGCUUCAUAAUAACGCUGUUGGAAGACAGGCUCUGGUCGAUGCCUUGGAGACGAAGUGUAAAUGUCACGGUGUGUCUGGCUCGUGUUCUGUGAAGACCUGCUGGAAAGGCCUUCACGACAUCAGUCACAUUGCCGCCGAGCUCAAGUCCAAAUAUUUGGCUGCCACCAAAGUGAUCCCUCGAAACGUGGGCACGCGACGGCAGCUGGUGCCACGUGAGAUGGAUGUGCGGCCCGUUCGGGACAGCGAGCUCGUCUACCUGGUCAGCUCCCCUGAUUACUGCGCACACAACUCCAGGCAGGGAUCAUACGGCACACAGGACAGACAGUGCAAUAAGACGGGCAGUGGAAGUGACAGCUGUAACCUAAUGUGUUGUGGAAGAGGGUAUAAUGCCUACAUGGAGCGCGUGGUCGAGCGUUGUCAGUGUAAAUAUCACUGGUGCUGCUACGUCACGUGCAAACAGUGCCAGCGCACCGUCGAGCGCUAUGUCUGCAAGUGA